GUUAACUGGGUCUCCUGGGGAGGGGAAAUCGUUUCUUGAAUUGGUUAAUUGGAAUCCCGAGUUUGCAAAAUCUGUUAUUGAGGAGAGGGCUGAGGAGGAGAGCGAGCGUUUGGGAAUUAGGGUUAGGCCUAGUUUCAAUGUGGAGCUUCCAGCAGGGUUUGUGUUGAAGAAAGAGAUAAGGGAGUGGGUUAGGGAUUGCAUGGAGCUUGAUUAUGUGUCUCCUUACGAAGAUGUGCCCCAUUUAGACCAGGCUUCUAGAGAGAUGGAGAAGAGGUCUGUUGAAGUGUUCCAUGAACUGCUUUCUCUUUUCUUGCAUAAGAGGGUUCCUGUGCCGAUCCUUGGAAAGUUUUGUGAUGAGUAUAGGUUUUCCAAUGCGUUUUCCAGCACUUUUACAAGGCAUUCGGGGAUAUUCUAUUUGUCCUUGAAAGGUAGGAUUGGAACGACAGUGUUGAGAGAAGCAUACAGAGUUGAGGAGUUGGUUGACCGCGAUCCGUUGCUUCAGAUAAAAGAUAAAUUUGUUGAGUUGUUGGAGGAGGGGUGGCGGCAAAGAAAGGAGCAAUUGCGGUUGAAGCAGGAGAAGAUUAAGGAAGAUAUGGAGCUAUUGGCCACCAAAGAGUUCGACAACACGGUGCUCCAAAUAGACCUCAAAUCAAACCUGCAGUACAUCACUUGGCGGCAACAGAAUGUGGAAAACAAAUUUGUCGAGCAAUCAUGCAUGUUGCGCAGUGGUAAAGUUGUUGCCUUGUGGCUUAGAGGUUAUAGGUUUAAAUCCAAGGAAUAUAGUCUGCUCGCCCGCGGGGAUAAAGCUGCCUGCAUACAUUUAACCUCCAUAUCCUACUUGAGAGAACGCAAGAGAUACAAAAUGAAGAGGGUCAAGGUUUUCAAUUUAAUGAAUCUGGCUAUGACAUUUCUGGCAUUUGUACCAAAGAUGGAGAGUCAGGUUUUGCCACCACCUUCUCUUCAUCCACUUUGUUUAUCCCAACUAGCAUUGGUAGGCUAUGCUUGCACCGUGUUGCCUCUCACCACAACACCAGGACCUCCUCCACCCUCUCCUUCCCCUAAUGAUCAUGGUCAUAGGAGUAAUGAGCACUACAAUCUUCAAGAAAACUGUUGCCACUGGGCUAAGGAAAUAGAUAGCCAAUGUGUAUGUGAAGUCCUAGUUCGAUUGCCAACCUUCCUUACUAGACCUAUGCAUCAGUACUCAAUCAGCAUUGGAGAAUCGUGUAACGUCACUUACUCGUGCGGUGGGCCAAUAUGA